AUGGAAUCAUUCCCCUCUCUUGUCUUCAUCUCCUUUGUAAUGCUUGCUCUGAUCUAUUCACCGGCCGCUGCGGCGGCCGGAGGCGGCGGCUCUAACGGGACGACUGUGUUCGAUGUGCUCCCCCAGUUCGGGCUGCCGGCGGGCCUGCUCCCCGACGCGGUGGCGUCUUACUCGCUGGAUGAGGAUGGGGGAUUUACUGUGGAGCUCGAUCGGCCCUCUUGCUACGUCCAAUUCGAUUCUAACCUUGUGUACUACGAGCGCCGGAUUACUGGAACGCUCAAGAUCGGGUCAAUCCGGAAUCUCGAGGGAGUCCAGGUGCAGCGCCUCUUCCUUUGGCUUGGCGUCGAUGAGAUCAAGGUCGACCUCCCCCCUUCCGAUUACAUCUACUUCCAGGUCGGAUGGAUCAGCAAGCGUCUCUCCAUUGAGGAUUUCCGCGAAGUCCACUCCUGCCAGGACCGGGCUGCCUACCGGGAUCAGAUUGGACUGGUAUGGAUGAUGAUAAUGGGUGACCCUUUUUCUUCCCUUGUAGACCAUUUCCUUUCAUUUUCAACUUCACCGUAA